GGGUGCCCUGCAAAUCAGCCCUAUGUGAGCAGGUGUUCUUAAUCCAUGCCAAGACCAGGGACAGCUUGAGGGCCUCAGAGAGUGCUGGUGAGACACACACAAAGGCCCUUUGUUGCAGCCAAGGCAGAUUCCUGGAGGGAUGCCCCAGAGGCUGACCGCUCCCUGAAGGGACUGGAGUAGGGGCAUCCCAACACGGAACUGGUGGCUCCAGCACCAGGAAGAACCACUGUGUGCCAAGGUUGAAUGCGGCUUCCGAAGCUUGAACUAUAAGGAAGCAGGCAGAGAGGUGUGGCACCUGGGCCAGCCUCUGACUAGGCGGUGUUUGCGGAGUCUGCGGCCUGAAGGCCACAGCCAUGGCAGCUCCCCGAUACCCGGUUUCAGUUCGAGGGACAGCUCUGGUGCAGAUCAAGAGGCUCCAGACGUUUGCCUUCUCCGUGCACUGGUCAGAUGGCAGCGACACCUUUGUGCGCAGGAGCUGGGGGGAAUUCAGGCAGCUCAAGAAGACUCUCAAGGAGACCUUUCCGGUGGAGGCGGGCCUGCUGCGGAAAUCCGACCGCAUUCUCCCAAAGCUUCUCGAUGCACCGCUAUUGGCACGUGGGGGGCGCACGAGCCGCGGCCUGGCACGCCUGCAGCUGCUGGAAACCUUUUCUCAGAGGCUGCUGGCAACCGCAGAGCGUGUGGCUCGGAGCCCGGUGAUCACAGGCUUCUUCACACCGCAACCCCUGGACCUGGAGCCCGCGCUGCCACCCGGCAGCCGGGUGAUCCUGCCCACCCCGGUGGAGCCACCUCUCUCCCAUGCUGCCGAUCGCCUCUCCAUCCACAGUCUGGAGGCUCAAAGCCUGCGCUGCCUGCAGUCCUUCUGCACUCAGGACACACGGGACCAGCCUUUCCAGGUGCAGGCCCAGGAGAGCCUGGAUGUGCUCCUGCGGCACCCCUCCGGCUGGUGGCUGGUGGAGAACCAGGACCAGCAGACAGCUUGGUUUCCAGCACCCUACCUGGAGGAGGUGGCUUCGGGCCAGGGCCAGGAAGGAGACCCGUCCCUAGGGAGCAGCGGUCCCCAGUUCUGUGCUUCCCGCGCCUACGAGGGCAGCCGUGCGGAUGAGCUGUCUGUGCCCGCAGGCGUGCGCGUGCACGUGCUGAAAACGUCAGAUCGCGGCUGGUGGCUCUGCAGGUACGGCGACCGGUCGGGCCUCCUCCCUGCGGUGGUGCUGCGGCCUGAAGGGCUGAGCGCCCUCCUGAGUGGGACGAGGUUGCGCGGAGGAGACAACUCAGCAGAUGAGUUGUCCCCCGAACCCUCCCAGGCCACUGCCCCUGCCCCCACCGUCCCCGCCCGACCUUCGCCGGGCGCCAUCCAGAGCCGCUGCUGCACCAUCACCCGCAGGGCCCUGGAGCGGCACCCAGGGCGCCAGGACCCCUCUGGAGGGUUCGUGGACCCUGUGCCGCACGCUACAACAGAGCGGUGAGAGCGAGGAUCCCCAUGGGGAGACGGACUGUGCCAUCCCAGGGCUGGGGAGGAGUGGGGAGGGCGGAUCUCCCUGGCUCCAGGGAUGGGAGGGGCAAUUUACUGUUCUGAAUAAAGCUUGUUCUGAAUGAC